AUGGCGUCAGCUCUGAAAUCAAGUGGCUCAGUUCAGCUACGUCUUUUGCAGCAACUAUCAGUUUUUUCUGCCAAAAGAACUACGACAAUUGCUGCUCGUAGCACUGAAUUGCCAAUUGGCAUCUAUGGGCCAUUUGGUAAAUCGAGGAAAGAAGGCAAGGUUGCAUUCAUUCCUUACAUCAAAGCUGGUGACCCUCAGUGUUUAACCACCGCACAAGCCUUGAUGGGGCUUUACUCAUAUGGUUCAGAUAUAAUUGAUCUGGGUGUUCCAUAUUCCGAUCCUCUAGCAGGUCCAGUAAUCCAGGCAGCAGCCACUCAAUCCUUGGCCUGGGGUUGUGCUUUUGGUGGUGUUAUGUCCAUGUUGAAUGAGGUGGUUCUGCUAUUACCUUACCCUGUUGCUUUAUUCUCAAACUAUAACCCAAUUCUGAAGCUUGGAGUUGAGAUGGUCAUGUCCAUUAUAAAUGAUGCAGGGGUUUAUGGUCGGCGUCCUCCUAGGGUUUACGACAUAUUCAUUAGUUACAAACGGGAUGACACACUCCACCCUGUGAGCCAUCUCAAGAGUGCUCUCGACCGGAAGGGGAAAAGAGCAUUCGUUGAUUUUACAAUGGAUGGAGGAGUCGAGUUCCAGCCAACGGUUAACAGAGCAAUCGAGCAGUCGGAGAGCGCUGUCGUCGUCAUCUCUCCGAAUUGCCAUUUCUCACCGUGGUGUCUUGACGAGGCGGUAAAGAUCCUCCAAUGCCAUAAAAGGUGGGGUCUGAAAGUGUUGCCCAUUUUCUGGGACAUUGAUGCGAAAGAGCUGCGAGAGCAGUCCACACGUUUUGUGGAGAAUAUUGGCCAGGGUGAAAAGGGUUUCAAGCAGGAGAAUACGCAAAAGGUCCAGGAAUGGAGAAAUGCUUUGCGAACACUGGGCAUGUUUAAUGGCUGGCAUGUUAAGAGCAGUUUGUAUCGAACUGAAGCUGAAGUGAUCGAGGACCUUGAAGUCACUGAACCGUUCGGAAGAGCCAAAGCAUGUAUGAAGUGCAAGGGAACGGAUGCGAUCGAAGGAAUUAAACUAGGCAAGAUAGAUGUAGAAGACUUGAUCUCGAAUGCAAACUCGUUCAGGAAGAUGAAGAAGCUUAGGCUUUUUAUAAUGGCUGAUCGGGUCCCUCAUUGCAGACCGGCAGGACAUCUAUCGGAGAAGUUGUGGAGGUGUUUCGUACAGAACAACAAUAAUUUGUUCGCGUGUUGGCAGGCACUGGCAAAGCAAAUUUCCAAGUUUUGCAAUUUAAAUGUCUAAUUUCCAAUUGAACCUUGGCCCAUUAGCUCAAUUUAAAUGUCUUGUCAAAAAGU